UAUGACUACGUGUUUAUCAGAGUACUGGAGAAACCAGUGGAUGGGAGAGACCCGAAUGAAGUCACGUCUAUUUUGCGGAUGAGGGGUUUGCCAUUUUCUGCCGGCAAGGAUGACAUCAUGGAUUUCUUCAAAGAUUUUGCGUUGACUGAGGAUGCAAUUCAUGUCACAUUUCUUUCUGAUGGAAGGCCAACUGGAGAAGCUUUUGUAGAGUUUGCAAGCACCGACGAUGCAAAAGCAGCCCUGGCAAAGGAUAGGAUGACACUUGGAAGUCGUUACGUUGAGCUUUUCCCAUCUUCAAUCGAGGAUAUGAAUCACGCCGUAUCAAGGGGGCGGUAAUGAACUUUAUUUUUCCUUAGUUAAUAAUCGUAAUGUUGUAACUUGGGGAUUUGGUGCUAGUUUUCUGCGAGGACGACUCUUUAUUUGUCACUACAGGAGAUAGAAAGAACUUUAGGGAACUUCUGCAGUCAUCAUCUGUUUGCUCUUAGUUUCAUGAGUUUAUGGUGUUACUAUUUAUGUGAAAAGUACUCAUUAAACCUUAAACAAGAAUAUGUU